AUGACAGAGGACGAACUGCGCGCGACGGGGGGUGAGCGACGUGGAUUUGGGAUACCGAGCGUCGACCUUGUGGCGGGCUCUGUUGCGGGUGCAGCGCAAGUGGUGGUUGGACAACCACUAGAUACGGUCAAGGUUCGCACGCAGAUUGCGGCACCAGCAACGUAUCGUGGACCUAUGGACGUGCUGACGCGUACGGUGGCGAGUGAAGGCGUGUUGGCCUUGUACAAAGGCAUGGCAUCGCCUUUGCUCGGUAUUGCUGCGCAGAAUGCGCUGCUGUUCAGCGCAUUCCAGUCGGCCAAACGGCUCAUCUCCCCCCACACACACGAGCUUUCCACAGCACAGAUCGCUGCAGCUGGUGCCAUAGCCGGUGGUAUCAACUCGAUCCUCUCGUCGCCCGUCGAGCUGUUCAAGAUCCGUAUGCAGGCACAGAUCACGUCUCGCAAUAACCCUACCAGCCACGAGAAACUCAGCGCUGUAGCGCGCCAAGUCUACACACAGCACGGCAUACGAAACGGCGUAAUGCGCGGAUUCUGGAUCACGCUAAUGCGCGAACUCCCCGCGUACGCCGGCUUCUACACCGGCUUCGAACUCGCCAAAUCCACACUACGCCACCUACGCUCGCAUCCCAACGACGCAACACCGCUCCCCAUCUGGGCACUCAUGCUCAGCGGCUCCGUCGGCGGAAUCCUCAACUGGCUCGCUUGCUACCCGCUCGACGUCCUCAAAUCCCGCAUACAGCUCACCCACCAUCCCCUCCCCAAACGCUUCGGCGGCCCCCUCCUCUUCAACUACAUUUCCCAAGAAGCUAAAGCCCUCUACACCUCCCAAGGCGCACGCGCCUUCUUCGUCGGUCUCACCCCCACCUUGUUACGAGCCAUCCCCGCCGCUGCAGCCACUUUCACCACGUUUGAACUCGUCAAAAAUGCUUUGCAAGAAGCAUAG